AUUUCAAAGCAUCACAUUCAUGAUCAACAGAACAGUACGUUGAAGUCUCCAUUGAAUGGCGGUGUCGGUUACCACAGUAGGAAGAGAAUGGCGCCCUUGAGCAGGGCAGCGCAAAAGCUGCCAGUUUCCCCUGUAGCAAUCCGUACUAUAUCGAUCUCAGAAGCACCGAGCCGCACAAACUUAGGUUGGGGGUCUGCAGGAAAGGUAUCAAGUGCACCGAUUGUUGCUUCUUUGAACGCAGCCGGCAAAUGGCCCUACAAUGAAACGGUUGCAGCUUCUGCCCCGCUGCGUGCUGUACCACCACUGCAUCAGAAUGAUGGAGCUCCGAGUUUGGAAGAAGUUCGGGGAGCAAAACGGGGAGAUACUGCAGAGGAGAUGUUGGCCGGAGUUCGUAGGAUCGAGUCUCUUUCUGCAGUAGAGUCUUUUCUGGUGCAGAAAAACUCUUGGGCGAGUGGUGGUACCCCUUCUCCCCCUGAGAAUGCACCAAAUCGGCCAGAGAGGUGGAGACAAAGUGGCAAAAGAGACACGAGACAACGUCGGAAAGAUCGAUGGGCAGUAGCAAGGACUCCCGAAGCGCAAGCAAGGUGGGAUACACUUGCUGAGGAGGUGAUAGCAUUGCUGCGUAGCGCGCCGCCUGAAGAGGGGGCUGACGCCUCUUUUUUUCUAGACCCCCUAAGAGAUAGAAUGGGCCGCAACGUCUUCAACCGCGCAAUCCACAAACUGGCGGCCGCAAAGGACCUCAACACGGCCCUGCUUGUCUUUGAGUGGAUGAAAGAACAGCGAGAAGAUUGCCGGCCGAAUGCCGCCACGUAUGCCCAGGUGAUUCGGGCAGCUGCGCAGGCAAACAAGCCGGGGAAAGCGGUGGGCGUCUUUGGGGAGAUGGAGGCAGCGGGGCUCUCUCCGGACCUGUAUGUCUUCAGUGCGUUGAUCAGCGGGUAUGCCAGGGCGGGGAUGUAUAAGCAGGCGCUGGAGCUGCUCGACCAGAUGCGCGAGCGGGGCGUCCGGCCGGACCUGGUGGUGUAUACCACCGUGCUGAACGCGUGUGUCAAAGGGGGCCUCCGAGUGGGGAGGAUCCUGGAAUUGUAUGCGGAGAUGCGUCGGGAGGGCGUCGUGCCGGACCUGUUCCUGUGCACGUUGCUGCUUCAGGCAUGUGCGGGCAGCGGGCUGGUGGCGGAGGCGGAGCAGCUGUUCCGCGACAUGCAGGACAGCGAGAUUGUGCCGGACGUACACGCUUGCAACGUCAUGAUGGACGUAUAUGGCCGCGCGGGGAUGGUCGCCGAGGCGGAGGGCCUGCUAGCGGACAUGAAGGAGAUGGGCCUGCAACCAAACAAGUUCACAUACACGGCGCUCAUUGUUGGGUGCGGAAAGGUUCGUCUUCACCGGAAGGCCGAGGCGGCGUUUCAGGCGCUGCUGUCGUCGGGGGAGCAGCCGGACCCGGUACUGGUGUCAGCCAUGAUGACGGUCUACGGCAACUGCAACCAGCUGAGGCGCGCGGAGGACAUGUUCACGCAGCUGCAGAGCGCAGGGUACCGCCCGGACCUGGUCGCGUACAACUCGCUCCUGGACGCGUUUGGCAAGGCGCGCAUGCUGGGCGACAUGGACCGAGUGUACCACAAGCUGCGCCACGCGGGGCUGCGGCCCGACGCGUACACGUACACCAUCCUCAUCACCAACUACCGCCGGCAGCAGCGCUUCGACGAGGCGGUCGCGGUGUACCGUCAGAUGCAGGCCGCGGGCUGCCCGCCCAACCGGCUGCUGUACAACGGGAUCCGCUUCUGCCUGGAGAAGGCGGGGGAGAAGGAGGAGGCCCUGGCGCUUGACCGCCGAAAAGGAGGCACGGGGCCGACGAUUCCGGACGGGGACGUCAGCAAGGCGAUCGAGCGGCUGGGGCGGCAGGGGCGGUGGGAGGAUGCGGUCACAGUGUUUGAGGAGGAGAGGCGGGAGAAGGGGGAGGUGCCGGGAGGGGUGUGGACGAAACUGAUGGAGGUGUUCGCCAGGUGGGGCCGCCACGAGGAAGCUCAGGAGGCCCUGUCGGGCAUGAAGGCCGCGGGCCUCGCCCCGGACGUGUGGGCCUACACGGCGGCCAUCGAGGCGCACAGGGCCUCCAAAGACGUGGCGGGCGCAGAGGCCGUGUACCGCGCGAUGGAGAACGACGGCGUGGCGCCCAACGUGGCGUGCUUCAACGCCCUGCUCCGACUGUACGGUGCCACCGGGCGACUAGCGCCGGCGGAGGCCCUGUUCGAGCGGAUGCGAGUUCUGGGCUUCAUCCCGAAUCGUUUUAGUUACUCCGCGCUAAUGAAAGCGCUGCUGGAAGCGAAGCACUUCCGGCGGGUCUUGAGUUUAGGGAAAGAGAUGAGGGAGCUAAACAUCGAGACGAACAUCGUAGUUCAGAAAAUAAUGGCGGCAGCAGAAAGUGGGUUGGCGGAAGCAACGCGGAACGAACUGCAACUAUCCAGACAGACGUAGUCUCUCGUAUGUCGUGCUCUUAGCUUUUGGCUGGGUCUUAUCAAUCGUCCACUAUAUUCUGAUGCCUCGAAC